AUGCUCUUCAGACACAGCUCGUGCACCUGCGGCAACACACACAAGCACGCACCGACCGGUCAGCGCGCUCCGGCGCGCACGCGGCACGUGCGAGCAGCAGGGCGAUGUCGGCGGCGCACGCACCAGCUGCAGAAUGCGCGUCAUGACGGUGGUCUUGCGGACGGUGCUGAGGCUCGCAAAGGCGCGCUGAGACUUGGAGUCGCGCAGGACGAUCCGGUCCAGCUCCGGGACGUACAUCUGGUUGCCCUUGGUGCGCGAGGGCACGUCGUACGCGAACCCCUCCCCCGCGAGCACCGACCGCGCGCACUGGUACAGCGUCGCCUCGAUCUCGUCAAUCACCUCCGACGGGGCCUUGUCGAUCACCUCGCGCAGGUCCUCCUCCAGACCCAGCUCCUCCAGGGUCUUGCCGUCGUCCACCGCCGCCCGCAUCUGCGCCGACCCGGCGCACGGGGCAGCGCGGCAACCAUCUUCAGGACAUGGCGGGCGCAGCGGCGUGCGCACGGCCCCGGGCAUCAUGCACGCGAAGAGGCGGCAUCAAGGUCGUCUCGCUCGCACCUCGCUCACGAGCCUCUCGACACCUUUCAGGACGUCGCUGGGGGCCUUCACUUUGGCCUUCAUAGCCGCGAUGGCCGCAUCCUCCUUCCUCGCCCGCUUCUUCGCCGGCGGGCGCCCUGA